AUGCUCAUGUCCCUACGCGGAUUGCAAUGGUCAUCAUCGCAUUCUGGAGUUCUUGGACUUUUGGUCAAUCUGCCUAGGCUCGGCUGUAGAAAGCAGUUGGGAGGAGCAUCCUGCAUGCGCAUGGGUCCCAAUGAGUCCAAUGAAGUGAAGUUCUUCAAGCGUUCUUCCAAUGCCAAUUUUGGCUUUGAUAUUGCCGACUAUGAGCUUGUAGAAGAGGUUCUCCCUUACAGGAGGGAUCACUGCCGGUUAAUAGCAAGGGUACCUAGCCCGUCCACAGAUGGCGGAUAUUGUCGCUUCAAAGCAGGAAACAAGAAACUCCAAGAUGAGCCUCGCUCUGGUCGAACGACUGCAAUAUCGUUCGACGAACCGAGGAAUCUGGCGGAGCGAUAUUUUGUUGCCAGUCUUGGCUGUUCGCAGUCAUUAGUGAGCAACGGACUGCGAUCUCUCGAAAUGGUGAAAAAGCUAGGUAGUUCAUGGAAUCUACCGUUUCGAACUGCUGCUGGACAACACGACAAUUACUGCCGAGGUCUACUGAGCUCAGCUGCAAAGACUGGCCGACAAGAUCCGCAAGGAGCACCCGAAGCUCGAAAACGUUCGCCUGCUGCACGAUAA